AUGGCGCAGCCUCGCAAGCACAUGGACUCGUCCGUAUGGGAACAAUGGCCACACGACUUCGUGACCACGUCCGAGGGUAUCAAGAUUCACUACGUGGACGUUGGUCCGAGAGAUGCUCCUCCAGUCGUCAUGCUACAUGGAUGGCCCGAUCUCUGGUUUGGAUGGCGGUACCAAAUCCAAGCGCUGUCUCCGACGUACCGCCUGAUUAUUCCCGAUGUCCGCGGCUUCGGUCAGAGUUCGACGCCACAAGAGCUGGAAGCAUACGGCACUAAGAACAUCACCAGCGACGUUGCCGCCUUGCUCGACGCGCUGAAGAUUGACAAGGCGGUGAUUCUAGGACACGACUGGGGUGGAAAUGCGAGCUGGAGGAUGGCUCUUUACCACCCAGACCGUGUACUCGCUGUGUGUGGUGUGUGCACGCCGUUCGUGCCACCACGGAAGCAGUAUCUGUCUCUGGAGGACCUGUCCAAGGUUAUGCCGCAGUUUAAGUACCAGUUGUUCUUGGCAGACGCGAAGAACUCCGGUAAGGCACUGGACGCUUCACCACGCCGCCUUGCCACUGCUAUUUUCCGCCGCAAGACGGAAUACGGUCCAAAAGAGAACGCCUUGCCGCUGCACGAGUUACUCAAGGUCGUCAACACCGAUGUGGACCAUGUGGUCUUCAAGGAACGCACGGAAAUGCUGUCUGAGGAUGAACUGCAGUACUAUAUCGACCAGUACUCGCAGAGUAAGUUCACGAGCGCCAACUGGGUGUACGCGACCAAGAAAAUCGAUUUCGAGACGGAGAAGGACCUCCCGGGAACGAUCGAACAUCCUGCACUGUUCAUCGGCGCAGCAGACGACCCUGUGCUCAAGCCGGAGAUGGCCAAGGAAAUGCCGAAGGUGAUUCCGAAUCUCCAGAUGGAGCUGGUCGAGGACGCCGGACAUUGGGUGCUGUUUGAGCAGCCUGAAGCUGUCAACACUAUUCUGUCGGAGUGGCUGGCCAAGGUCACUAGCCCAUGA